AUGAGUGAGCCAUUGAAGUCCGUUUCUGCCAUGAACAAAUUGUACAUAGGAAACUUGCCAAUAGACGCCGAUGAAGCUGCAAUAAGACAAUUGUUCGCUGAGCAAAAUCUGACUGUAGCCGAUAUCUCUGUGAAGAGAGGUGGAUAUGCCUUUGUCGACUUCCCUGAUCAAUCAGCUGCUGAUCGGGCCAUAGAUAAGCUGCAUGGUUACUCGUAUUGUGGUGUGCAACUGGUCGUGGAACCUUCGAUGGCUAAUAAAAAAAUAGUCAACAUACCCAAUCUUCACAGCGCGAGUACCACUCAGCUGAAGGAAGGCAAUAAUGACGUUCUCUCCGGCGGUUGGAGGUCGUAG